GGGCGCUGAUUGGUGGUUUAUUCUAACGGAUAGAGGAUGAGCUCAUCUGCAACCAAUGACCGAGCUGCAUCCGGCCAGACCCCUGCACCUGGGUGGAGGGCUGAAAGCAGCCGCCCACGGUGCAAGGUCCCCCGCGGGGGCGAAGGGGCAGUGGCGGCCGGGCUGGGUCUGGCCACGCGGACCGAGCUCCUGGCUCGGGCAGAGGCAGAAAUGACCUGGAGUUGGCAAUUUGGGCCCUGCUCCUUCCCAGUGGGGCCUGAGGGAGCGAAGGUGCAGAGGCUGCAGUGAGGGGCAAAGGCAGCUCUGCUGGCCUCUCUCUGAGCCCUUUCCUUUCCUGAAGACACUGCGCUUAUCCCUUUGGCCACUUGUAUCGCACACUGCUCAGGGAGGAGCUGCUGUUCGGUCCUUGGAGGCCACGUGGCCUCCUGACCUUCUCAGAGACAGAGCCAGGAGGCCAGAGGCAUCCCCUCCCUAGGGCUGCUUGGGCUCUGACCUCAUUCCUCUAACUCCACCCAGAGUGGCACUGAAUCUGCCACUCAGUCAUCUCAUUUGCCCACAGACUUUAAGGCCAAGCCCUGUGCCCGGCUCUCUGCCUGGCUUCUUGGGGGUCCUCACUCCCUGGCCACACUGACCUCAGGACCUAGGGAAAUGAACUAAAGUAGGGGCAAUCCAUUCUGUUCGAGGAGGUACCAUGGAGCCGAACCUUGAAGGAUAAAUGAGAUUCCCAUGGGAGGACCAGGACGGGGAGAACAGGCAGGAUGGAGGGAACAGUAUAAGGAAUGGCCUUUGGGCCCCGCGCCCUGGCUUCAGCCUCAGAGUGUGUGACCUCCAUGUUUAAUGUGUAUAGAGGCCCUUUGCAGGCAUAUCCUCAGCUCUCUCCAGUGCUCAACACAUAGUCCCUGCUCCAGGGCAGCCAUGAGCCUGGUGGCCCGUGAGUGUCCCCCUGGCCCUGGCCUGGACCCCGAGCCCUGCUCAUGAGUGCGGUCCCAGGCCCUAGUGUACCGGGAGCAGAUUUGCAAGCGGGUCACUCCAGGGGCAUCUGACAUGACCAAGCGCGACUACCUUGUGGAUGCAGCCACACAGAUCCGGCUGGCCCUGGAGCGUGAUGUCAGUGAGGAGUAUGAGGCAGCCUUCAGCCACUACCAGAAUGGUGUGGACGUUCUGCUCCGAGGCGUAAACGUCGACCCCAACAAGGAGAGAUGUGAGGCUGUAAAGCUGAAAAUUACCAAGUACCUGCGGCGGGCGGAGGAGAUCUUUAAUUGCCACCUGCAGAGGACGCUGGGCAGUGGAGCCAGCCCUGGCACGGGUUUCAGCAGCCUGAGGCUGCGGCCCAUCCGCACACUGAGCUCUGCCCUAGAGCAGCUGAGGGGCUGCAAGGUGGUUGCCGUCCUCGAGAAGGUGCAGCUGGUCCAGGACCCAGCGACUGGAGGGACCUUCGUGGUGAAGAGCCUGUCCAGGUGCCACGCGGUGAGCCGGGAGCGGCUGACCAUCAUCCCACACGGCGUCCCCUACAUGACCAAGCUGCUGCGGUAUUUUGUGAGCGAGGACUCCAUCUUCCUGCACCUGGAGCAUGUGCAAGGAGGCACUCUGUGGUCCCACCUGCUCUCCCAGCCGUGCCUCCAACAGUCUGGGACUAGGUCUGGCUCCAGCCUGGAGAGGAUGAAGGCUCAGCUCGACUCCCGACUCAGCCUCCAGACCCCAGCUCGCUUCCCACCUGGCCACACCUGCCUGCAGGACGGAAUCCCCCUGGAGCCUCCCCGGACUUCUCAGAGCCUUACCCCGGCCGGGGGGGCUGCAGCCAUCAGACCCCAGAGAGAGGCUGAAGGUGAACUCUCAGCCGGGACCGGCCCUUCCUGCUCCUGGGACCUUCCAAAGGCCCCAGGUGGCCACCUGCACCACCAAGCCAGGCGGGGGCCUGGCCAGAGCUCUGAUCCGGGGCCCCCUUGCGGGCUCCCUUGGGUUCGUGCAGGGGCCGGCCGGGUGCUGGGGGGCUGUGGCCGAGGCAGAGGUCGGAGCCGCCCCUCAACCGGUGGAGCCGCCUGGAGUGUGAGGGAGGAGCAGGUGAGGCAGUGGGCAGCCGAGAUGCUGGUGGCCCUGGAGGCGCUGCACGAGCAGGGGGUGCUGUGCCGGGACCUCAAUCCCCGGAACCUGCUCCUGGACCAGGCAGGCCACAUCCGGCUCACGUAUUUCGGCCAGUGGUCAGAGGUGGAGCCCCAGUGCUGCAGGGAGGCUUUGGACAAACUCUACAGCGCCCCAGAGGUGGGUGGAAUUUCUGAGCUGACCGAAGCCUGCGACUGGUGGAGCUUUGGGUCUCUGCUGUAUGAACUGCUGACGGGAACGGCGCUGUCCCAGAGCCACCCCUCAGGAAUCCAACCCCACACCCAGCUCCAGCUGCCCGAGUGGCUCAGUCGCCCUGCAGCCUCCCUGCUGACUGAGCUGCUGAAGUUUGAGCCCGCCGGGCGCCUGGGCGCUGGAGGAGGCGGUGUCAACAAACUCAAGUCCCACCCCUUUUUCAGCACCAUCCAGUGGAGCAAACUGGUGGGGUAACCGGAGGGGGUGGAGUAGGCAGUGGAAGCAGCUGGACUGGUCUGGAUCUCCUCUCUUCUCUUUGCCUGCCACCCAGAGCUGGCCAUUCUAAUCAGCGGCCCUCGGGCAAAGAAUGAAAGGCAGCUUGCCUUUCCUGGUCGGGCCCCUCCCUUGGGCCUCAGAAGUCUCUUCACUGACCAGGAAGGGCCUACGGAGUCCCCCAGCCACGUCCUGGAGAAACCCUUCCUAGAUGGUGCUGAGCGGGAGGGAGAGAGAGAUCUCAGCCUGUUAGGCAGCUUGAACCCCUCCACCCAUCAGUCAACAGUCACCUGCUGAGUGCACACCCUGGACUUGAACUUGGACCUACCAUGUUAAAAGGUGCCUUCCUUUGCAUUAGCUCUGAGCUACUGACCACCUGCUGAGCCGUGAAAUUUUGUGACUCAUUAUCUGCCAUGUGCCCCACUCGGGAUGUCUCUGGAGACUCACCUCAGGAUACUAGUCCACCGGCUUAGUGGUCCCAAACCAGGGCUGCCCUGGCUGGUCAUCUUAACCAUGCAACUAGUGGGCCUCUUCCACCAGAGGCUACUUUUGCAGGGGGUCGGGAGGCUGGGGAAGCAGGGAAGAAGUCUGUAGUGGGCAUGGGGUGGGGUGAGGGAAUGGGACAGGACAACUCAUUCCCCCCUCCUGACCAUGCCCCUUAUCUUGUGAUUACAGACUUUGGAGAGCAAAAGGAAAGGAGGGGAGGAAAAUAAGGAUAAAGAGGAAUGGGGGGAGAGAGGAAGGCACAGCUCUGCCACUUAGAGAAAUUUUGGAAACAAAGAGCUCCCUUCCCCGGCUAGCCCACCCAUGUGGAGAGAAAGGAAAACCUGCCCCACGGGUCUGAGGGGAGACCGCCAUUCAGUCUCCAGGCUGAAGCCACUUGAAGAAAAGUUGUACCCACUAGGACUCCCUUCUCGGACGUUCGUCCUGUUUACCAUUUUGCAUUUUAGUCUUGAGGGUCCACUCAAUCCACUGCCCACUGUGACUUCAUAUCCUUUUGAAAUGAAACCACAAAACACAUGGAAUGAUUGCCCAAGCUUUUAGCCAGAAGCAAAAUGUUUCUGGUCUCGGAAGAACUGGGGUAAGUAGUUAUCCCCAAAGACAACUCCCUCCCCAGAUUCGGGGGCCUUCUUCCUCUCAGGACUCACCCUGUCACUGGGGUGUGGCAUCUAAGACAAACUUCCACAGAUCUCCACCAACUCCUCCCCGCCUGCGUCUCCGGCACCACCAGGUGGCGCCUCUGACACCACCCUCCAGUCUGGCUGUGAAGGCCCAGCUCUAAAUCUGGGGCUGGGGACCUGUUAUGGGCAUGGCGCGAAGCUCCUCAGGCCCUCUGGACGCGUCUGGGGGACGUGAGAGGUGCAGCCUUUGGAAGGUCCUGGCUCUCCCUGGGGCUUGCCCACGGCCCUCCACCCCGACUCCAAUAAAGCCUGCUGUUGCCUCUG